AUGAUCGAAACGGCUCUUGCAUACCUGUUUUGCCAUUUCUCCAUUCUCAGUGCUACGCCACUUCCUGAAAGACAGAUAUGGUAUGACUGGGAUGAAGAUCGUGUACCAUUCGCAUUUUCAUAUGAGCGGAGGCCCGAUUGGUGUGUUGAUGAGGAUCCACUAUGUUCAAUGUUUAAAGGCUGGUGUGUAAGUAUUAAUAAAACUCGCGAAAAUUACAUGAAGAAAGCUUGUAGACGAACAUGCAACAUGUGUUAUGAGGAAAUGAAUAGUACAAGAACAUGCUAUGAUAAAGAAGACGAUUGUGUGCAUCGGGAAAGUGACUGUUUUGCUGUCGAAACUGCAGAACGCAUGUAUCAUGCAUGUCCAGAAACUUGUGGUUUUUGUAACUCUGUUUGUGCAGAUUUAGCUACAAACUGUGGGGAAUUAGUGAGUUACUGUACUGCUUCACUCUGGCAUCAGGCAGUUAUGCAAUCCAAAUGUCGCAUGACAUGUUCGUUUUGCAGAGUUUAUGACCGAGAAAACUUUGAGCCUGAACAAUGUUCGGAUAAAUUUGGUCAGUGCCAUUACCAACGACAUCUCUGCGAACGGAUAGAAUUUCAGGAACGGAUGCAAGCGGACUGUGCACAUACAUGUGGUUAUUGUGAUUUCGUUGAUACAGUGUCUGAUAUACCGAAAAAGUGUAGUGAUCUGGAAAUAGAUUGUCGCAGUAAAAUACAUUUUUGUUUCGUGGAAGGACGCCACAGUUUCUACAUGUGGCGUAACUGCAAGCGAACGUGUGGAUACUGCGCUGAUUAUUACUUUGAGAAAGAUUCAGAUUAUGAACCACCCGAAAUUUACUAUGAUUACUAA